AUGGCUUCGAUGGGGGCUCAAGUUGACACAAUUUCUGGAAGAGGGCCAUAUUGUUACCGAAUUCAUGGGCAAAUCUAUCACCGACUGGGUGCGCUUCAUCCUCACCAAGGGGAGCAACGUCAAUUCGGUCAAAUAUAUAUUCUAGACACUGAAAUGGCUGCCCAACAGCGCCUUGGUAAUAUGCGGAAUUCGUACUGCGAUUCCAACCUCAUGUUGUUUCUGAGUGAAUGGUUUGCGCGUAACAAUGUCUACGCUCAAUCAUUUAAAAUGAUGAGCGAAGUGGAGCAAAUGGAAAUAGCGGCAGCCCAGCGAGAAAAUCGGCAAACCAUACCAAUUUGCAUGGUAUUCGAUGACAGCAGAGAGCGGUGUUUCGCAAAAGGAGAGUACGCUAUUCCUACUGCAAACGAAGUGGCAGUCGUAUACGUGGGAGAAGAAAACGACAUUCCUGCGAAUAGGAGUCUUGCGGUCCAUGUUCGACAAGCUGCAGGAUCAAAGUUGAUGAACAUCAGUGACAUAGAUAAACGAUGCGAUCUUCUCACGUAUCCACUGCUGUUUCCAACCGGUAGAGGUGGAUGGGAUCCGAACUUGGUUGAUAAUGACGGAGCUCGAAUCACUCAAAUGAAGUAUUACGCCCACCUGUUUUCCAUUCGUGAGUCUUUUAGUCCAAUUCUGCAUGCGGGUAAACUCUUUCAACAGUUUGCUGUUGACGCUUACGUCAAGAUUGAGCAGAACAGACUAAAAUACUAG